GCCGUUGAUGAUGAUAGCCUUCGGAUAAGAGAGAAAAAGUGCCUGCAACAAUGGCCUCUUCAACCACAAUGGCCUCUUCAACCUCCGCAUUCACAACCAAGAUUCUUUGCUUUAAGAGACCACAGUUCCAUCAUCAACCUCGCUUAGCGCACAGUCCCAGGGCCUCUCUCCACCACCGCCACCACCACCACUUCUUCAGUCGCAGACAUUUCUUAUCCCAAACAGCCACUAUUUCACUUCCCUUACUAGCUCCUCUAAUCCAACAACCGGUAAACGCUGAAGAGACCCUUUCCGAGUGGGAGAGAGUCUCCCUCCCCAUCGACCCUGGAGUCGUCCUCCUGGAUAUCGCCUUCGUCCCCAAUGAUAUGAACCAUGGUUUCCUGCUGGGGACCAGACAAACUAUUUUGGAGACUAAAGAUGGUGGAAAUACUUGGUUUUCACGUUCAAUACCGUCAGCUGAAGAUGAGGAUUUCAACUACAGAUUCAAUUCCAUUAGCUUCAAAGGAAAAGAGGGAUGGAUUGUUGGGAAACCAGCAAUUUUGUUGUACACCUCCGACGCUGGAGAAACCUGGCAGAGGAUACCUCUCAGUGCUCAACUUCCUGGAGAUAUGGUAUAUAUAAAAGCAACUGGAGAAAAAAGUGCAGAGAUGGUGACUGACCAAGGUGCAAUAUAUGUCACAUCAAAUGGGGGUUAUAAUUGGAGGGCUGCAGUUCAGGAGACGGUUUCGGCAACCCUUAAUAGAACAGUUUCUAGUGGUAUUAGUGGUGCAAGUUACUAUACUGGAACUUUUAACACAGUCAAUCGCUCUCCUGAUGGAAACUAUGUUGCUGUCUCAAGCCGUGGUAACUUCUAUUUGACAUGGGAACCUGGACAACCAUUUUGGCAGCCGCAUAACAGAGCAGUUGCAAGAAGAAUUCAAAACAUGGGAUGGAGAGCUGAUGGUGGUCUUUGGCUUCUUGUCCGUGGAGGGGGGCUUUAUCUCAGUAAAGGCUCAGGAAUAACAGAGGAUUUUGAAGAAAUUCCAGUACAAAGUCGGGGUUUUGGCAUUCUCGAUGUUGGGUACCGUUCAAAGGAUGAGGCUUGGGCAGCAGGUGGCAGUGGAAUUCUAUUAAGAACCACCAAUGGUGGUAAAACAUGGACUCGUGACAAAGCAGCUGACAAUAUUGCUGCAAAUCUCUAUUCAGUGAAGUUUAUUGACGAUAAAAAGGGAUUUGUGCUAGGAAACGACGGAGUUUUGCUUCGGUAUCUUGGAUAGAAAAGUUAAUGGUAUGCGAGGACUGUGUCUGUAGGUGGUGGUGUGUAUGGAGGGAUCCUGUCUGGUGAUCCUUGAAGGAGGGGAUCGAACUCUUCUUGCUACUGCUGCUCCUAUGCUUGGGAAGACUCCCCUCAUUCUUUUGCUGCUCUUUGAGGAAUGACGUUCCCUUGUGCAUAGAUCAAUAGGCAAGCGUCCCCUACUCUUCUGCAUAGCCCCAUAGAUAUGCCGAUAGUCUAAUUAAUCCGAGUGGUGCUUAAGAUGGGGCACAACCUAACAUGUAUUGGCACAAACCCAUAGUGCAGGGCAAGGCAAGUGCUGUGAUGAGGCCUCCCACCACUAUCCCACCACUAUGUGACCCAUGGCUUGAUGAGAAAUCCUCCUGAAGUGCUAGCACAACAAGUAUCUGGUACUGCAUCUUUGUCUAGUCACCAUACACCACAAGAAGAACAACUCAUUAGCAUUUAACAUGCUAAGGCUAUCACUGCACCCCAUAAUGGUAUGGGCUGCAAGUCUGUGUAGGCAUUUUAAUACCAGGUUUAUUAAUCUGGAUGACUUGCAGUAGUUGGAGUUAUAUAUCUCGGUGUUAGAGGUAAUCAUCUUCCAAAAAGAAAUGUUAUCGUACUCUAGUUUGUUUUGAGGGAUCUCCUAGAGUCCCUCAUUAUCGAAGCCAAAUACAGAGUUAAACUCAUCCUUAUUCAUGACUUUGUCCACCCUCAAGAGUCUGAACUCGAUCCUGCCCCUAUCUUACCUAUCCAUGGCCCAUAGGAUGGCCUGAAAACUACCAAAAAAUUCUAAAGUAGUGUCCCUUUAUGUCAGGUAGCGCAGUUGGAUGGAUCUUGUCCACCCGAUUAUCCAAGAACCUAUCCACUUCUUCCUUAAGCCUGAGUUGCUCUAGCAACUCUGUGUCCAUGUACUUUAUGGAUAUGAUCUUCUUGUUGUUUAGCCUAGCGCAUACAUCAUGGUGUGCAGCAUUCUUACAAUGCUAGGUCAAAGCAAAUUUUGGUUGGGGUUGGGGUUGGGGUGCUUCUUGUCUUGCCUACCUUAUCCUUGGCCUUUAGGUGGUAAUGGUGAGUCACUUCUUCCCCUAGAGGAAGAGGAAAUCCUUUCUGCUGCUCUUUCUAUGGGAGCCAUGGAGAGAGAAAAUUAAGAAUGGGUUAAGGUUUGGCAGGAAAGAUUAAGAGAGGGAAAGAAUAUUUAAGAGAUUUUUGAAGAGGAAGAGGUUUUAUAUUAUGAAAUGGGGAAUGGAAAUGUUUAAAUAGGAAUUGAAGGGGAGGGCACAUCAUUUUGUGAAAAAUUUUUGCACCCUUUCAAAUUGCCUCUGCAAAGUUUCAUAGGGCUGCGUGUCACUACAUGGGUUGCCUUGUGUAAUCUUUUGUCUUAUUUUUUUUGUAGUCAGACAAGUUGCAUGGGUUAUGUAACACUACACGAGGGUAACCCAUGUAACUUUCUACCCCUGUAUCUCCCUCUUUGUUUUAGUCCUACAACUUAUACUGUGUGGGGAACUCGUGUAAGUUUCUGUUUCUUUAAAACUCCUAUUCUUAUUCCUUCCUUGGUUACACGACUUAUGUGUACUUGCAUGUGGAACCCCAUAUAACUUUAUGGAGUGCUUUUUGUGUGUGUGUUUUGUGCUUAGUAGGUUACAUGAGGCAUGCUUCAUGGCAUAGGGUACCCCGUGUAACUUACUGGAUCAGAAACCUAGGCACUUUAGAUGCUACCUUUUCCUAUCUCUUUAAGUUUUCAUGCUAACUUGUUUCUAAAUGUGUGAAUGAAAUGCAUAACAAAGAUUAGCAAUAGAUGUACUUCUCUAUUUUUGAAAAUUUCCCUCUUGUGUGGUUUUGACUCUUUGUCUCCUUCCAUUCCUUCCUCUCCACUCCUUGCUUACACCUAUAAUGUCCAAUUUUAGAGUUUGGGAUUCCUACAAAGCUUUAAAAAAAAAAAUAAAAACAAAAUAAACUUAAAGAAAAAUUCUAAGUCUUGGGUUACCUUCUAAGAAGCGCUUAUUUAUAGUCAUUAGCUUAAAUGUCCCUUUUUAGCUCAAUGCUGUGCAGGUGGGUUGCUAAAGGAGUGUGUUGCCCCUUUCUUGAUUGGUUCUCCCAAGAAGUAUGUCUUUAGCCUUUGGCCAUUAACCUUGAAGGCUCUCAAGGUUUCACUCCACACUUCUACUACUCCAUGUGGGAAGACUUGUAGGACUUUAAAGGGACUGGGCCACUUAGAUCUUAGCUUUUUUGGGAUUAGUUUUAAUCUGGAGUUGAAGAGCAAGACAAUAUCUCCUUCUUUGAUUUCUGUCCUUAUGAUAUGCUUGACAUGCUAGGUUUUGGUUCUUUCCUUAAAGAUCUUUGCAUUCUCAUAGGCGUCUUGCCCAAUCUCUUCCAGUUCAUUUAGCUAUAAAAGCCUUUUUUCUUUGAUAGUCUUGAGAUAAAAGUUGAGGGUUCGGAUUGCCCAAUAGGCUUUGUGUUUAAGUUCAAUAGGGAGGUGGUAGGACUUCUCAUACACUAGGCGAAAGGGGGUAGUUCCAAUAGGUGUUUUGAAGGAAGUGUAGUAGGUCCAUAGUGCAUCAUCCAAUUUCAAGGACCAGUCUUUCCUUGAGUGGUUUACUAUCUUCUCAAGGAUCCUCUUUAAUUUCCUAUUUGAAAUCUCCACAUGUCUACUUGUUUAAGGGUGGUAUGGUGUUGCCACUUUGUGAGUCACUCCACAUUUCCUUAGUAAAUCUUCGAACUGGUUGUUGCAGAAGUGACUUCUCCCAUAACUAAUAACCACAUCUUGUAAAGAUGUAUUUCUUGAGGAAUUUGAUGACUACUUUUAUAUCAUUUGUUCAUAAGGCUAUUGCUUCUACCCACUUUGAUAUAUAAUUUGCACCAACUAUAUACUUAUUGCCAAAUGAGGAUGGGAAUGGACCCAUGAAGUCUAUACCCCAAACAUCGAACAGUUCAACUUCAAGUAUUCCAUGGAGUGGCAUCUUAUUCCUUCUUGAAAUGUUUCCUGCUCUUUGGCACUAAUUGCAUAUCAGCACAAAAUUUCUCACAUCUUUGAACAAAUUUAACCAAUAGAAUCUUGCUUGUAAGAUCUAUGCUAUUGUCUUAGAGGUGCUAAAAUGUCCUCUAUAGGUUGAUGAAUGGCAAUGUUGUAACACACUUUCUAUUUCCUCCUCUGGCAUUUCCUAAUAAGCCCAUCAUUGCAUCUUUUUUACAACAGAGGUUCCUCCCAAGUAUAGUCCUUUACAUCAUCUAGGAAUUUUUUCUUUUGUUGGUAGAAGAUGUUUGGUGGCAAAACUCUGCAUACAAGAUAAUUAACAAUACAUGCAUACCAUAGGGGUUGAGAGAUGGCUAGGAGGUGCUCAUCUGGAAAGGAGUCAUCAAUUGGUAGGUCUUUUGGUAGAAAUCCCUUUAUCUUCCUACUUCAGUCUAGAGAGGUGGUCUGCUACCACAUUCUUGGUCCCUUUCUUGUCUUUAAUUUCAAGGUUGAAUUCCUGUACAAGUAGAAUCCAUUGGAUCAACCUUGGUUUAGCUUCCUUUUUGUUUAAGAGGCCCUAGAUAGUAGCAUAGUUUGUGUACACAAUGACUUUGGAUCCAACUAUGUAGGAUCUGAACUUGUUAAUUGCAAACAUUACUGCUAGAAAUUCCUUCUCUAUGGUUACAUAGUUAACCUGUGUGUCAUCAAGUGUUUUGUUUGUGUAGUAGAUAGCGUAGACUUUUCUAUCCUUCCUUUGUCUAAGCACUAUUCCUACUGCAUAAUCACUUGCACUGCACAUUACUUCAAAUUGCAGCUCCUAUUCUGGUGGUUACACUAUGGGUGCAGAAAUUAAGGCUUCCUUUAUCCUGCAAAGGAGUCAAGGUAACUAUCAUUAAAAUCAAAGGGACCGACUUGAUUUAAUAAGUUUGUUAAUGGCUUAGCUAUUUUUAAGAAAUCCUUAAUAAAUCUUCUAUAGAAGCUUGCAUGUCCCAAAAAGCUUCGCACUCCUUUGACUGAUGAUGGUGAUGGCAUUUUUCUCUAUUAUCUCGAUCUUCACCUUGUCCACUUCAAUUCCUCUUUCUAAUACCAACUGACCAAGAACUAUGCCCUAUCGUACCAUAAAGUGGCAUUUUUCCCAAUUGAGGACUAGGUUUGACUCCUCACAUCUUUGUAACACUUUAGACAGGUUAGCUAAACACUUAUAAAAAAUGGUUCCAUAAAUAGAGAAAUCAUCCAUAAAAACAUCCAUAAUAUUUUUAAUAAAAUUAGAAAAAAUAGCCAUCAUGCAUCUUUAAAAAGUGAUUGGGGCAUUAUAAAGACUAAAAGACAUUCUCCUAUAGGCAAAAGUACUAUAAGGACAAGUAAAUAUGGCCUUUUCUUGAUCUUCUAGGUGAAUUGGGAUUUGAAAAAAUCCUGAAUACCUAUCCAAGUAACAAAAGUAGAUAUACUUAGCUAGCCUUUCAAGCAUUUGGUAAAUAAAUGGAAGAGGAAAGUGGUCCUUCUUGGUGGCACUAUUCAACUUCUUAUAAUCAAUGCACAUACGCCAACUAGUGACCAUCUUAGUAGGAAUUAGCUUAUUAUUUUCAUUUUUAAUAAUAGUUGUCUCACCCUUUUUAGGCACUACAUGCAUUGAACUAACCCAUUUACUAUAAAAAAUUGGGUAUAUGAUACCUACAUAUAAUAGUUUCAAAUUUUCCUUUUUCACUACUUCCUUCAUAUUAAGUUUUAAUCUCCUUUGAUGUUCAAUGGUAGGUUUACUAUUUUCUUCUAUAAGUAUUCUACGCAUACAAAUGGAAGGGCUAAUCCCUUUAAGGUCUUUUAUUGUGUACCCAAUAGUUUUACUAUGGGUCCUAAGUUCCCUUAAAAGUUUUUCCUCUUCUAAACUAGUUAGGCUAGUACUUAUUAUGACAGGAUAAUUAGAGUUUGAGUCUAGAAAUACAUACCUGAGAGUAGAAGGAGGAGGUUUCAGUUCUACCUAUUUUUUAGCCUCUUAUGGUUCAGCCUUGGGUUGUGACUCCUUUAGCUCUUCCACUUGUAGUGCUUGAACUAAGGGUAGAGGUGGGCUAGCUUCAAAAGAUUGUGCAUAGGCUGUAAUCUCUUUGUUAUCAUCAUCCACGGUGUUGUUGUGCACUAUGUAUGCUUCAAGAGGAUCUUUAGGAUAUCUCUUAUGGAAUUCCUCUUUUACUAGCUUGUCUAUAAUAUCAACCUUUAAGCACUCAUCGAUGUCUAGCUUAUGUUUCAUUGCUCUAAACAGGUUGAAUUCUACUUUCUCAUCUCCUACUUUGAGAGUUAACCGCCCACUUUUAACAUCUAUAAUAGCUUUGGUGGUUGCCAAGAAAGGUCUUUCUAAUAUAAUGGAAAUUUGAACAUCUUCUUCCAUCUCCAGGACAACAAAAUCAGCAGGGAUAAAAAAUUUGCCUUCCUUGAUGGGAAUGUUCUCUAAGAUGUGAAUUGGGUGCUUGACAGACUUGUUUGCUAGUUGCAAUGAGAUUGUAGUUGGUUUGAGCUCUCCCACAUUUAGCUUUUGGCAUAUUGAUAGGAGCAUCAGACUGACACUUGCACCUAGAUCACAAAGGGCCUUGUCUAUAUUCAUGUUGCUAAUAAGACAAGGUAUUGAGAAGCUUCCAAGGUCCUUAAGUUUUGGAGGGAGCUUGUUUUGCAAAAUGGCAUUGUAUUCCUUUGUCAGAGCAACUGCUUCAUAAUUCUCCAGCUUUCUCUUAUUUGAGAGGAUUUCCUUUAAGAACUUCUCAUAGGAUAACAUCUGAGAUAGUGCUUCAGUAAAAGGAAUGUUGAUGUAAAGUUUCUGUAAAACUUCUAAAAACUUUCAAAACUGCUUGUUCAAUUUUGCCUUCUGAAAUCUUUGAGGGAAAUGUAAAGGGGGAUGGUAUGGCUCGGGUAGCUUCUUUUUCUUAUUCUCCUCCUCUUCCUUGCCCUUUUCAGCUUCCUUCUCUUUGCCCUUUGUUUGGUUAUCAGAAUCACUAGAAGUUUCCUCCACUAAUUUUUGCUUUUCUUUUAGUUGUCAUUCUUCUAAAACUCCUCAAAGCAACUGCCUUGUAAUGCUCUUUAGAGUUCAUCUCUAGUUAACUUCGCAGCUUAUUAAUGGCUUUACUUGAAGAACUAGCUUACUGAGUAAUUUGAUUCUCAAGCAUUUUGUUGUGAGUAGCCAGUUGGUCCAUUCCAAAAUCUAGUUGCUUUAUUAUUUCAUUCUGCUGUUGUUGUGCUACUAAAAAGCUUUCCAACAUGGAUUCCAUGGUCAACUUGGAUUCAGGUUAUUGAGGUUGAGGAGGUGGUGGUGGUUGUGCUAAGUUAUGUCCUCUAUUUUGAAAAGCAAGUGGUGGUGGCGAUGGCCGUGGUCUAUAUCCCUCCUGCUUGUUAAUGGCCUAAUUCUAUUGGUUUUGCGAGUUUGACCAUGGGAAGUUAGGUUGGUUCUCCAUCUAGGGUUAUAAGUAUUUGAGUAUGGGUUGUUAAUCUGCCUUUGGUUGAAGUUUUCUCUAUUAUUCAUAUAGUUCAUCUAUUCUAUGGAGGGCUUACUGUAGUUGCUCAAUUCUAAAGUCAUGUGGCCUCCUCUAUAAUUAUUGCAAUUUUAAUUGCUUGACCAUAUUACAUUGGUCUGCAUCUUGUUAAGUCUCCUUGUAAGUUGGUCAAAUUGAGCAUUGAUCAUACUUAAGGCACCCAAUUCUAGGAUCCUAACUGUUCUCCUCAUGUCUCCUCUCUCAUUUGACCAUUCAAAAUUAUGAUAUGCAAUCCUCUCCAGAAGUUCAAGAGCUUCAUUAAUUGUUUUCUCCUUGAGGUCUCCUCCUGCUGCUGAAUCAACUGUAAUCCUUAUAGACGGUAGCAAUCCAUUGUAAAAGUUUUGAACUAGGAGCUAGUCCUCUAUGUCAUGGUAUGGGCACUCCCUUUGAAGGUCUUUGUACCUUUCCCAUGCAUCAUACAGUGAUUCUCCUUUCCUUUGCCUGAAAGUAUUCAGCUCUACUCUCAAUUUCACAAUCCUUGUAGGUGGAAAGUACCUUGCUAAGAAGGCUUGUGAAAGAUCCUCUCAAGUGGUAAAUGUUCCAGCUAGUUGAAAAAGUAGCCUGUGACACCCCUCACCGGACUACAGUUUAGCUGAGCAAAGUAUGUCACACUCGGUGCUGAAGCACCCUAUCUUAUCUUACUUUAUUCCUUUAACCAUUUUCAAGUUA